AUGCGCUUCUCCGCCGCCACCGUCUUGGCCCUCGCCAGCGUCGGCGCCGCCACCGAGCAGCACCACCCGGAUCACCACACGGACCUCACCAUCACCGUGCCGACCAGGACGGGCGCCGCGGCGUCCACGCCCUGCAGUACCGGCGAGCACCUCACUGCGCACUCUCAUACCCCUCAUCACACCCAGCACCCUCACCCCAGCAGCGAGGUCCAGCCCAAACACCACAGCACCAGCACCUACACCCCCGGUGUGGUGGUGUCGCACCAUGACAGCACCACGACCUACCACCCGUCCCAGAUGAACAAGCCGCACCCUCACCACACGCCGUCGGCCAGCCACCACCACAACCAUGACCACACCACGAAGCCCUGCCCGACUGCUACCAAGUACCCCGGCAAGCCUCACCACAAUAGACCUAGCGGUGGCGACAACAAUGGCAAUGGCAACGGCAACAUCCACGGCCAUGGCAACGGCAACAACAACGGCCCCGGCAACGGCAACAAUAACAACGGCCCCGGCAAUGGCAACAACAACGGCAACAACAAUGGCAACAACAACAACCGCCCCGGCAAUGGCAACAACAAUGGCAAUGGCAGGGGCAAUGGCAAUGGUGUUGGCAACGGCGACAACAACGGCAACAAUGGCUACGGAAACAUGGGCAAUGGAAACAAUGGCAAUGGAAACAACGGCGAUGGCAACAAUGGCAACAACAACAAUGGCAACAACAACAAUGGCAAUGGCAAUGGCAACAAUGGCAACAAUGGCAACAACAAGACGCCCGUGGUCGUCACUGGCGCCGCCCCCAAGGCUGCCGGUCAGGCCGGCGCCGUUCUUGCCGGUGCCGCCGCCUUGUUCGUCGCCUUGUAA